GUGAGGAGGGUCUACAUCCUCAGUUGUCUCUAUUGUCAGUCAGGGUAUAUAACUCGGAGACCAAACUCCCAGAAUCCUAAUUGGAGAGUUUUGCUGUCAGGAGUUUAGGGUUUGACCAUGGCUGCGUCACACCGCACCUGGACUGCUCUGUUUCUCAUCUCAGUGAUGAGAAGUGCCGCUGGAGUAUCGGGCCGCGCAGUGGACUCGCGGGGAUUUCUGUCAGAUGGAUCCGCUGGAGUGGUUUUACGCACGGGCGCGCGGUGGCGCAGGGCCGCCGGUGCGCACCGGGAGCGCUGCGCAGCGCUGGAGGCGCCCUGGUUGGAGAGCACACGCGCGGCUCCCGAGGACGGAGCGACACGGCUGCUGCUUCGCGUUCAGCCCUUCGCCCCCGGGGCCUCACGGGGGUUGGUUUUCCCUGGAAAGCCCCUGUUCAGCUUCAUGCGGCGGGUUUACCACUGCUGUCAGGAGGGAAGCUGCCGGAGCGUCAGAGGGAUCCAAGGUCGCUUAAGAGGAGAUGCAGGCAUGGAGUUUGUGCUCACGAGGGAGAUUUUAUCACUACCUAUUUGGAGAGCCGAGCUUCACCUGCACCUUUCUAACCCCCAGCAUCUGGACGUGCAGCCCGUGAUUCUGCUCAGGGCCAGGCGCAACCUCCCCACAAGGUACAGCCUGAGCURGCAGGAGGCCACGUCAGAGCUGCGGGUGGAUCUGCUGUUCCUGUUUCACCACCUGCAGGAGGUGGCAGGUGGAGCAGACCGAGGCCCCGGCUUGUUAAACGUACUGCGGGUCAGGCUCUUCUCCAACGAGGACCCGCCGGGUGAAAAGCCCUCAGCAGGGGUUCUGCAGGAGGUCGACGGGGAUGCACUGCGGGCUCUGGACCUGGUUUUGGCCCUGGGCUGCAGUCGAGCCGGAGUGGGGGUCCCCUGUGAGGGCGUUCACCUCCUACACUCGCCGUUCACAGCUCUCUUCUACAGAUUAACUUAUUACCAUUGAAAAGGGUUUUACCUGUUAAAUGUCUUUUAUGACAAGACUUCAAAGGAUAACAUGCACUUCAAUGUGAAAUCUCUUAAUUUAUAGCUGUUUUUAAAGCUCUGCUUGUAUAACUGUUUAAAUAUAACUAAAGGUUUGUGUGUGUGGGUGUGUGUGGGUGUAUGUGUGUGGUGAUUAAAAACUUGUGAACAGUCUUGGUGUGUGGCCUCAGAUGGGUUUCAGUUCACUUUGUUCAGCUGGUUUACAUAUUUGAAGCAGAUCCCUCAGUUGAAAGACAUUUGGACAGUUGGUGAGAUAAACACCUGAACAAACACA